AUGUUAUCUGGGCGGACGCUAUUCUCGUUAUUACGUAGUUGUUCAUACCUUUCUAUUUCAACUUCUGGAUCUCCUCGUGUCAUCUCUAGUCAUAUUUCAUCUUCUGUACGUCUUUCAUCUGCGAAGAAAGUCGAGUUCAUAUGUGGAGAUGAGAAGUUUGUUGGAACAGCAAAGCUUGGGGACACCUUAUUGGAUGUUGUUGUGGAUAACGAUUUGGCAUUGGAUGGUUUUGGUGCUUGCGAAGGAACACUAGCAUGUUGUACAUGCCAUGUUAUUCUGUCACCAGAGCAUUUUGAUCGCGUUGAUCAGGUUAAUCCAGCCGGAGAAGAAGAAUUAGACCUUCUUGACCUCGCUCCUGAACUAAGCGACUAUUCACGCCUAGGUUGUCAGGUUCAAGUGGAGUCGAAUGAUUCUGAAACUAUUGUCGUUAAAGUGCCUACACAAAAAAGGGAUGCACGAACGCUAGAUUAA